AUGUGUCACCUGGGUGCAUGCCAGGGUGUCGAUGUAUUCGUGUCUGUACGACCAAGCUUCACCGUCUCGCCAACAUGGCGGCGCUGUGCCCCAUUGGACAGGAAGAUGCAGCGGAGUCCGGGUGAGUGUGAUGACGGCGCAGCGCUCUCAGGCCGAGACCCCUUUGCACGGCUCCGCAGCUACAUGCACGGGGGGACAUCCAGCCUGCUUUCCACCAUGACCACGCUGGUCACGUUUCCCGUCUACAAGACCGUGUUCCGCCAGCAGCUGCACAGCACGCUGGUCCGCGAGGCCGUGGCUCAGCUCUACAAAGAGGGGCCGCGGAAACUCUACAGGGGGGUGGUGCCGCCCUUCCUGGUGAAGACGCUGCACGGGACCCUGCUCUUUGGUCUGCAGGACACCUUCCUGCAUCAGCUGUGUCCGGAGGGCGGAAGCCCCGCCCCCCUGUUCUUCCUGCAAGCCCUGGCAGGUGUGGCCACGGGGGUGGUGGAGGCCCUGGUGUUCACGCCCUUCGAGCGUGUGCAGAACGUGCUUCAGAACGCGGGGAACGACCGCGCCCUGCCCACCCUCAGGAGCGUGCUGCUGCACCUCCGCGCAGAGAGCCUGGCCGCCGGCUUCUACAGGGCCGCCCUUCCCAUACUGCUCCGCAACGCCCUGGGCAACGGGCUCUACUUUGGCCUCAAGGACCCCAUGCGGGACGCUCUCGGGGAGCGGGGGCUGCCGCCCGUGGCGUCCUCCUUCGCGUCGGGGAUGGUGAACUCCAUGGCCAUAAGCCUGCCUCUGUACCCGCUCUCCGUGCUGGUGGCUAACAUGCAGGCGCAGGUCGGCGGGGACGGGGGAGGGGUGAGGCGCUCCUGGGCGGCGCUGUGGGAGUCUCGGCAGCGCAGCGUGGCCCUGCUGUACCGGGGCGGCUCUCUGGUCAUCCUGCGCUCCUGCCUCACCUGGGGCAUCACCACUGCCAUCUAUGACCGGCUAGAGAGACGCGCCGGCUGAGGGCA